GAAGGAGACCUGCCUGCUCCUGGAAACAGCUUUCUCAGAGCUGAAGUGCCCAUAGCCACUAAGCAAAACUGUAAGAAAUGAGCAGGAUCAUGAAGACCAUUUUGCUUCUAUUUUGCUUGUUAGGGAUGGGCUACACACUUCCAAUUCCCCAAGAAGAUGUCAUUCUUGCAAGUGGUAAAAACAGCAGUGCCAUAGAAGAAGAGUUCCACUUCAAUGGGAAUAUCACUCUUCUCAGCCUGGAUAGAGAUGUUUCUGGGAGAGGAAACGGGGAUUCUAAAAGCAGUUCUGAGUCAAAAAGCAGUUCAGAGGAGGAUUCUGACAGCAGUUCUGAGGAGCAGUCUGGUGACAAUGGUGGUUCAGGAGACACUUUGAGUAUUAGAGACGCUGGUUUAUUUGAAAACGGUACAACGACUUAUGUCAGUUACAUAUUCAGAGACUUCAGUGGUGAUGACAGCUAUGGUGAAGAUAAAGUAAAUCAUGAAAUCAGAGUUCCUGUCAUAGAGGGAAAUGUACAGAACACGGCUGCCAUUAGAAAUCUCACAAAUGAAGUACGUGGUUUUGAAAGCACUAGGGCAGAUACAAGAGAUGGAAAUCUUAAAUAUUUUAGUGUUCAGAAAAGUGUAGAAGCCCAAGAUAAUGAAGUGCUCUUAUUUGCAAAGCCUGGGGAACGUGAAAUGAGUAAGACACCCUAUGAAAAACGACAUAGCGAUGAUAAAGCAGAGAAUGCUGCUGAUCUAUUCACCUUCCAAGAAACAAUAGACAACUAUGACUUUGACGACGAAGGCAUGCAGGGAGAUGAUCCCAGUGGUUCUUCAUCUCACACUAGUGCCAAUAAAAGUUCCAGAGAAUCAAAAGACACCAGUGACUCUUGCAAGUCCAGUGAUUCUAGUGACUCCAGUGAUUCUAGUUCUUCAUGUAGCUCAAGUGACUCCAGUGAUUCCAGCUCUUCAUGUAGCUCAAGUGACUCCAGUGAUUCCAGUGACUCUAGUGAUUCCAGUGAUUCUAGUGAUUCCAGUUCGUGUAGCUCAAGUGACUCCAGUGAUUCUAGUGACUCCAGUGACUCCAGUGAUUCUAGUUCUUCAUGUAGCUCAAGUGACUCCAGUGACUCUAGUGACUCUAGUGAUUCCAGUUCCUCAUGUAGCUCAAGUGACUCUAGUGACUCUAGUGAUUCCAGUUCUUCAUGUAGCUCAAGUGACUCCAGUGAUUCCAGUGAUUCUAGUUCGUGUAGCUCAAGUGACUCCAGUGAUUCUAGUGACUCUAGUGAUUCCAGCUCUUCAUGUAGCUCAAGCGACUCCAGUGACUCCAGUGAUUCUAGUGACUCCAGUGAUUCCAGUUCGUGUAGCUCAAGUGACUCUAGUGACUCCAGUGAUUCCAGUGACUCCAGUGACUCCAGUGAUUCCAGUGAUUCCAGUGACUCAUGUGGCUCAAGUGACUCCAGUGACUCCAGUGACUCCAGUGACUCUGACUCCUCAGACUCCAGUGACUCAUGCAACACCUCCAAUCACUCAGAUAAUGGCUCUGAUCAUAACAGUAGCAGUCAGGAGAAGAAAUAAACACCAUAAUCUUGAAGGAUCAUUGAAAUAAAAAAGAAAUACAUGGGUCUUUCAAUCACAGAUCUUGUAAUUUAAGUAUUGCUGUCAAAGAUAUUUAGUUUUUUACUAUUUUUGACACAAAAUAGAAAUAUUUAGAUACAAGGUUGUGUAGUAUUAUGGUUUAUUGAGGUAUUGAUUAUGAGAGCAAAGGAGCUUAGGUAUAAAUAUUGUAUUAUAAUGUAUGGUUCAUUGUCAAUGUCCAUUUU